AUGUGCCAGGCUCAGAGCAUGCAACACAGGCAGCAGGAAAGCAGCCAGAGAGAGAUCGAAGAGCUGGCAGCCUGGGCAGCUGGGUCCUUUCAUUUGGCUCCACACUUACAAGAGAAGUUCUACUGGGGCCACAAGGAGAUCCUGAUCCCUGUUUUUAAGAAUAUGGCAGAUGCAAUGAAGAAGUACCCUGAGGUUGAUGUGCUUGCUUCUAUCUGCUUUGCCCAAGACAGCAUGACUGAGAUUAUGAAUUAUACAUAGAUUAGUAUAAUUACCUUCAUUGCUAAAGGUAUCACUGAAGAACUCACCAGGAAACUGAUUAAAAAGGCAGAUGAGAAGAGAGUGACCAUCAUAGGACCUGCUACUAUUGAAGAGAUCAAGCCUGGGAACUGUAAAAAUAGGAACACAGUUUGUGGAAUUCAAACCUCUACCAUUGUCUGCAGUAUCUAUCAGUCUGGCAACGUGGCCUAUGUUUACCACUCUGGGGACAUGUCCAAAGAGCCCAUCAAUAUCAUCUUGAAGAUCACAGAUGUUUAUUAGGCUGUGGAUAGAUUUCUAGGCUCAUUAUUCAAGGACCAUGUAUUUCAUAAUCAAGAGACUCUAGGAGUGAAGAUGAUUGUGGUACUUGUGGAGAUCAGAGCCACUGAGGAGUAUAAGAACUGUCACAGCAUCAAAAGAAGACUGGAACACAAAGUCUGUUUGUUGUCUACUGGUAUAUUUGUAUGUGUUACCAUUUUCUUUUUUGUGGUACAAUUUGACAACAGAGGUGCUUUUGCCAAUCACACCUCAGAAAUAGCAGUGGCAAAGAACCAGGCCUUGAAGGAGACAGGAGUCUUUGUUGCCUAGAGCUUUGAUGGACUAGGCAAAAUCAUUCAGAUGUACAGAAAUCUUGUUUCCAAAGGGGUCACUGUACCUGUUCAACAGGUCCUAUCACCCACUGUGCUGAUAAAUUAUUUCUGGCCUGGAAUGCAGAAACUUCCUUCCUUCAUGACAAGCAUUUGUGAUGAUGUAGGCAAGAAAUCACUACACAAGAAUGCCUUGUGUCUCCAAGUUUUCAAGGAGGAGAUGAGCAUUGAAAGGGUCCUGGCACUGCUGUGGUUCCAAUAUUUGUUAACUAGAUAGUUUUGUCAGUUCAUUGAGAUGUGCCUGAUGGUGGCAGUUGAUUAUAGACCUGCUGUCUCAGGGGCCCACAGUACUGUAAUCUGUACCUAAACUGAGGAAGACCUAGUCUUUAGCCUUACAUCAAAGCUGUUCACAGUCAGAGAUUGAUUGGGGUGUGCUUUAGAAUUUUGCAAAGUCUUUGGUGGCAUCAUCUCCAUGGAGUUGGUGAAUAAGAUGAACAAAGAUGGGAACAUGAUCACGGUAUUGCUCACAGAGCUUUCAAUAAACAAUUCAGAUAUGAGGCUUCAGGUUACGUAAAAAAAAUAUUUCCCUGACAGUAUCCUUCUGGAUUACUCACUCAAGGAUGAGAAUAUCAUCACCUCCAAGAAACACAAGCUUACCCUAAAUAUAGGUGGGGUUUGAGCUGCAUUUGUGGAUAUGCUUAGGAAUUGUGGCUUUUCUACCAGGGAAGAAGCUGAUGAAUAUUUUGCUUUCAAUAUAUUUUGCUUCAAUGGUCGAUGUUUUCUUUAGCUUACUCAUCUUUUCAGACUUAAUUCUUGAAUUGGAGCUUUGUUUUUGAGACAAGUUCCAACUCCUGCUAUACAUUUGAAUGGAGUGUUUUCUGGGUCCUCUGGAUUUUUGCACUAUCUCCUCCUCAAGGGAUUAGUCCUACCCUCUGGCUCUCUCUACACUCCUAGAACAAGUCUUGAGGAGUCUUGGAACCCUAUGCUAUCUAAGUCAGACCUGAACUUACCCUGAUUUAUGUCUUGUUCCCCCAAGUCACUCAUGUUUCUUGGGACUUUCAAAGGCUCAUCUGUUAUUGUACAAUUACCCUGUAUAUUUCUCAGGUCAUUCUUCCACUUUUAUUGACUCUAAACAAAGCCCUGAAGACCACAACUAUCUAUGGUUCUUCUCUGGCUAUACUGGGAGGCUAUGAGAGAAUUAUUUUUCCAUUAUUGAAAACACAAGUGCAAUAUUAGCUCCACUACAUAUCUGUGUUGCUCCAUUUGAUAACAUAACAGUACCUAGAAGCCAGACUCAGCUGAUCUAAUAAUGCUUCCUAUUAAUUUACUAGUUUACAAGUAUAAUCAGCAGUCCCUAAAAUGUCAUCUUGAAGUUGAAGACUACAUACUGAUAUAAUUUUUU